UUUAUUUUGCCCUCGAAGCCAGCUCUUUUCGGGGCCCGGGUCGCACCUUUGAACGACCGCAGCUGUUUGGUCUGGUGCUUGCGGCUCUUGCCCUUGUUUUCGCGCCGGAUGCGCAGGUUCUCCUCCCUUCUGUCCUGCUUGGCCUUGAUCUGGUCUGCCACAAACUGCUUGCGCUCCCCCCACUCGCGCUCGCUCUUCCUCUUCUUGGCCUCCUUGCGCUUUAGGGCUUUUUUCAAGAGCUUGACGUCGUCCUUCACUUUAAUUCCCUGAGCACCCGCGAGAGCCUUGUUCCACUUGUGCUUCUCCUCCGCAGCCAGUGCCUGCUCUUUGUCCAUGGCUGCCAGCUUCGCCUUUUCUUGCUCCGCCUUCUUCAAAUGCGCCUUGAUGUCGUUGUUCGAUGGCCCCUUCCGCCGCCCCACCUUGCGUACCCCGCUCAAAUCAGACGUGGCUCUCUCUCCCUGGUUGAACUCGAUAUUAUUGUACAUCACCACAUCCUGCUUGUCCUCUUUAUCAUCCAUGUCCUCGUCGUCACUGCUCGACUUGUCGUCGUCGUCAUCUUUGUCUUCCUUGGUUUUCUUCUGCUGUCUUCUAAGAGCCUCUUUUUUGCGCCUCUCCUCCAAAAUUUGCUGUCGAGAUGUCACCGUGGCAAACUUAGUGCCUGGUGCCUUGCGCUUCUCCUUCAAUGUAUUGAUUUUCUCAGCCAGUUUCGCCCGCAACUUUGCCAAAUUCUCUUCUUUCUCCUUCUUCUUGUCUGGAGUGAGCUGCUCUUUAGAUUUACGUGGGGGUGGCGGUGUCGUGUCACCGUCGCCGUCGUCAUCAAAUACUAUCGUAGCGUCGUCGAGUUUCAGUUCUGUGUCAGUGGUUGUGCUUGCAGGCUCCUGAGCCUCCACAGCAGCAGGCUCCUCCGCUGACACGGAUUCCUGCUUCUUCCCCGGUAUUAUCACCGGCUUCGCCUCAAGAGCAUGUCUGUCCUUCUCUUCCUUUGCACUUAUGUCUUUAGUGGCCUCUGGGUCCAGCUUGGCUUUCUUGUUCUCUUUGGCCUGGCUCUUGCUCUGCUUCUUCUGCUGCCACUGAUUGGACGUGUCCUCGUCAUAAUAGUACUUUGCUGGAAUCAAAGACAGCAGUCCAUCAAAUGCAUUGGCGUGCUCUUUCAGACGAUCCUAACCGUUAGCGGGAAAAGUGGGGCGGCUGGACACUUACCUCUAAAGAGUUAUUCCCCAUCGUGGUUAAAACACAGCUUGAAAAUUUUCAAAUAAGUAAAUUUUUUUGAGCCGCACAUUUAUUUCGAGCACAGAUGCACGAAGUUAUCACGAUCUCGGUCGGCCCCCACGCCAACAACAUCGUGACGCAUUUCAAUAACCUCCAAGAAGACAAGCUGUACUUGGCGCCGUCGCUGGCGCAGAAUCCGAUUGACCCCAACGUUCACAUGGAGCCUGUGGCAGAGGGCUCCAGUUACACUUUUUACCCACGUACCGUCCAUUGGGAGUACCAGAAUGGGUAUGGUGCUCUGGCACAGUUUGGUGUUGAGAACGUCGAUAAGACGGGCUACGAGGUUGUUGAGCAGCCGCGUGUGGAAAAAAACAAGUACCAGGAACUGCUGGAUUCUGCCCAGCCCACUAAGAGCGUGCUGGAAACGGACAGGGUGCGGUACUGGACGGAUUUUACGAGGGUGUUGUAUAAGCCUCGGGCGCUAUUAAGUAUUAGGAACUGGGAAUACGAUUACAAGAGCCAGGUAGGAUUUCUAAAGAUGCACCCAGAGAGAAAGUUUGAAGGUUAUGAUGUGGGGGCAGCGGAAUAUAAAAGCCAGCCAGACUUUGUCGACGAGACGUUGCGACAAACGACAGAAAAAUGCGAUCUGGUUAACGGCAUGAACCUUGUCACAGAAGUGGACUCUGCGUGGGGUGGGUUCUCGGACGAGUUACUGGCUGACAUAAGGGACGAGUACGCAAAGACAAGCGUGCUCACGUGGAGUCUCACGAGGGACACUGAGCGACUGAGUUUUGAAAGGCUAAUCAGCCGUAUUCGCGCUAGUGUGGGGCUGAUGCGCAAUUCCUCGCUAUACCUGCCGCUAAGUACGACUCCUCCGCUGCCCAAGUGGGCGGAUGCGGCAGACCUUUGGCACGUCUCCUCCAUCCAGUGCAUCCCGCUGGAGUUUGUCAACGGUCUGUUUGCCGCAAAGCCGGCGCUCCUGAUAGCCGAUUUUGUGAACGGCUUGAGCACGACGAGGGGCCAAAAUGUGGUGUGGGACAUAACCUCCGCACCCCAUGUUUUUAGUUGCCGCCAGGCGUACGGGAACAAGGGAGACCACUAUUUCGCGCAGACGGCAAUCACAAGAGGGGCAGCAACCAAAGUGGACUUUUCCAGUCUUAUCACCAACGGAACCCCGACCAGACACUCUGUCCAGUACCAUUCGUCCGUCGCAUUCAACAGCAGUCUCGACAGCUUUCCUUCAGCCUUUAGCAAAGAGGAGGGACGCACCCCUAGUUUAUGCACCUUGGGAGUCACCAACGCGCCGCGCAGCUGGUUCAAACACAUGGCCGCGCUGGUGUCGCGGCACUACCGAGGCGACGAGCGCGAGGAGCUCAAGAACGAGCUCGAAACUAUGGGCGAGCAGUACGUGUGGGGGUAUGAGUCGGAUGACGACUAUUGA